AAUUCAGGAAUUUUCCAUCCACAGAUAUUUUUCUAUAAAGCUAAAUCAGAUGAUUCUAUACACUGUCGUAUAAAACGCUGUACAGAUGCAACAGACUGUAUAUCAUGUUAGUGUCUCCUGAAGUUGUAAAACGUUGAUAUUGUUCGUUCUAUUGAAGUAGUAGUUGUUAGUGUAUGUGGUUGUAGAGGCGGUCUGGACCGCAGCACUGGGCUCCAUAUCAGGACUAGGAAAAACAAUGCUCUGUUUUCUAAUACUUUUUAAAAGACAUGUUAUUGAAGUGGAUUUUUAUAAGAAGGAAAAUACUUUUAGAAUCAUUGGUAUACACAGCACAGCACAGCACACACAGCACAGCACAGCACACACACACACACACACACACACACACACACACACACACACACACACACUUCCUCUUUCUCACAUCACAGCACAAAACACAGCACACUGGAGAAUGUUGUGUUUAUCGGGCCCCUGUCUAUGCCCCUCAUGGAACUCUCAUAUUUAAGGAUGUUUAUUGACACACACCUCUCAUUCAUAUAUAUAUAUAUAUAUAUAUAUAUAUAUAUAUAUAUAUAUAUAGUACAUGAACAUAAUAGUUGUGUUUCUACCUUGUCUGUCUCUACUGGCUCUGGUCUGUCGGUAGCUGGAUGAGGAGACUGGGUAGAAUGGCCCAGUUAGUAAAAGGCACUGGACCAGGGUUAGAGUCAAGUCCAUUUAAAUACCUGUCAAUUCAGAAAGUAAAGCAAAUUCUAAAUGUUCCCAAUUUAAAAUAAAAAAAAGAAGCAUUGAAGAUAAUUGGAAUUUCACUAUGCUUCCUGAAUAAACUAUAAUUUAAAUGGAAUUGACCCCCAACCCUGCACUGGACUGACUUCCUGUUUGAGUUGUCAUGCUGUCCAGUCAUUAGCUGGCUACUUGUGGUUUGGACAAUGGAUUCCCAUAAUGAGAUUACCAUGUCCUCUGGAACGUUUCUUGGUAUUAUUUCUGACCAGAACAUACUAAUGGGUCUUUAUGAAAAAGCAGUUGUAUACAGAGAUUAAGCUCAACCAAACAAAAAGGUUGUUCCGUUCACUGCACAAAAUCCACAUAUCAUUCACAAGCUAAGACACUUUCUAUUUAAUAUUCUUAUCGAUAUGAUAUCAGCCAUUAAGAUGAAAUGAAACUUUGGUUGAAGUGAACUUUUGGUGAGAAACGUCUAGCCCAAAUUCUCCCUACACCGUUUCCCACUCUCGAGAUCAGCACAGAGUAAGUUGUAAACCAAAAUGAAGAGAGGAGGUUCAUCCUUACCUCUUCACAAAGCUUUAAUAUGCUUUAGGUGGCUUGAACCAAUCAUUUGUUAGUGUCAGUUCAGAGUGAAGCGUUCCAAUUUGUUGUGGAAGUCUUCUCAUCCUAUCCCAGUCACUUGUUUGUGUUUCAGUGUAUUCAACCCGGUCUCAAGAGCAUUUCUUAUUAUUCUGUGCGUAAAUCCGUGACACUCCAUUUAGUCAAAUAUGUUACAGGUGGGCAUAUAACGCGAACGUCUAGCUACCUAAAGGUUGCGAUGUUCGAAUCUCCUCACAGACAACUUUAGCGUUUUGUUAAUUCGUAACAUGUAAUACGAAUUGUAAUUCGUAACAUAUCAUACGAAAUGGGUGAUGGACAUCCACAAAUUAACAUAUCAUCGACAUUUUGAGUGUCUCGGAUUUACGUACAGAAAAAUAGGAAAUGCUCUGAGACCAGGUUGGUGUUUUGUAUGGUUGCUAAAGGAUGGCUAGGAGAUCCUAGUUUCCCUAGCUAGCACUUGGGUUGCUCCAAACAUUUUUCUGAACCUGCUUUCAUUGGCCUUGCCUUGGGUUUUGCUUGUUUCCGUUGAAUAUUUCUCUGGUCAUGUUGUCUGUUCUCAGCGUUGUAAGACAGUCCCUUACACAACAUGGAGAAGCAAUAUCACUGUAAUAAACAAUGUAGUGUUGUUAUUAGGAUUAUUCACGUGCACCCUAGGUGUUAUAAUUGAAGUAAAUCUCUUUUUAUACAAACACAGAUGGUGUUGUCUUUGUUUGAAGUUUCUGCCAUCUCAUUCCCUACUGAAGGAUGUGAUGCCAUGAUGCUCUACAAUUACUUUGUUGACCUCGGUUUCCCUCGGGUCAUCUUUGUAACUGGCGCGGUAGGUAACCUCGCGGUUAAGAGAGUUGGGCCAGUAACCGAAAGGUCGCUGGUUCGAAUCCCCGAGCAGACUAAAAAGGGAAAUCUGCCGAUGUGCCCUUGAGUAAGGCACUUAACCUGUAAGUUGGUCUGGAUAAGAGCGUCUGCUAAAUGACUAAAAUGUAAAUGUUAAAUCAGGAUUAUGCCUCUAGGACCAUUCGUUCCAGUCAGACGGGUUUGGAUUUCUCCCUGAACAAUAUUGCUGACAUUUUCACCCCAUUCUGGAACUUUGAGGGUUCAAAAAUGUAAUAUGUUUUUUAAAUGACAUCGCACACAGAGAGGGAGAGACGCACACAGAACAGAGAGCGAGCAAGAGAGACAGACAGACACACACACACACACACACACACAGAGACAGACACACACACACAGAGAGACAGAGACAUUUUAGGCAGAAGCCUCACUUUGAAAGUGUCCUUUCAACAAACAAGCCAGUUAGGACAGAACUCAGACAAGAACCUGUUCCAUCCUGUGUCCUUCAGAACCUGUUUCGUCCUGUAUUUGGUAAGUGUCCUUCAGAACCUGUUUGUGUUUGGUAAGUGUCCUUCAGAACCUGUUUGGUAAGUGUCCUUCAGAACCUGUUUGCUAAGUGUUCUUCAGAACCUGUUUGGUAAGUGUCCUUCAGAACCUGUUUGGUAAGUGUCCUUCAGAACCUGUUUGGUAAGUGUCCUUCAGAACCUGUUUGGUAAGUGUCCUUCAGAACCUGUUUGGUAAGUGUCCUUCAGAACCUGUUUGGUAAGUGUCCUUCAGAACCUGUUUGGUAAGUGUUCUUCAGAACCUGUUUGGUAAGUGUUCUUCAGAACCUGUUUGGAAGUGUCCUUCAGAACCUGUUUGGUAAGUGUUCUUCAGAACCUGUUUGGUAAGUGUUCUUCAGAACCUGUUUGGAAGUGUCCUUCAGAACCUGUUUGGUAAGUGUCCUUCAGAACCUGUUUGGUAAGUGUUCUACAGAACCUGUUUGAUAAGUGUUCUACAGAACCUGUUCCAUCCUGUGUCCUUCAGAACCUGUUUGGUAAGUGUUCUACAGAACCUGUUCCAUCCUGUGUCCUUCAGAACCUGUUUGGUAAGUGUUCUUCAGAAGCCUAGGUAAAAUGUCUCGUGGAGUAAUCGAGACCCACGGAUGUUGACGUCUGAAAACCACUAAGUGACUGCCUGGGGAGCUACAUAUGACCAGAACAUACAGAUGUAAUAUGUGUCUGCAAAUGCAUUGAAUGUAUUGUAAGCCUAAGCACUGAUGAUCUGUAAUGAUGUGUGUUUAACCGUCUGUCCUCUGUCUCCACGUGUUCCCUCCUCAGGACGCUACGCAGACCUGCAGCUGGAGUUCUCCUCUGCGGUCCGGACCAGCGCCGAGCAGAAGGAGCUCAUCCUCAAACUGGAACACGACCUGAGCAGCAUCCAGACCAUGUCCUCCCUGUCACGCCCUGAUGCUGAGGGGUCUGACCUGACCAGCAUGAUUGACAGCAUCCCUGAGCCAAUCAGAGAGGCCACUGCCAUGUUUACAGGUAUGGCCCCCCAGGGGGAGCUGCCUCAAGGCCAGAUGGACUCUCUCCUCUCCAUAAUCUCCAGCCAGAGAGAGAGGUUCCGCUCACGCAACCAGGAGCUGGAGGCUGAGAGUCGUUCCGUGCAGGUGACCAUGCAGGCCCUGCAGAGUGAGCUGGACAGCCUGCGUGCCGACAACAUCAAACUCUACGAGAAGAUCAAGUUCCUCCAGAGCUACCCUGGCAGGGCUGGAGGCAGUGAUGACACAGUUACGGUGCGUUACUCCUCCCAGUAUGAGGAGAGACUGGACCCCUUCGCCUCCUUCAGCAAGAGGGAACGCCAGCGCAGAUACCUGAGCCUCAGCCCCUGGGACAAGGUUACACUCAGCCUGGGUCGUGGUAUUCUCUCCAACAAGAUGGCCAGAACCAUUGCUUUCUUUUACACCCUCUUCCUGCAUUGCCUGGUCUUCCUGGUGCUGUAUAAGACAGCCUGGAGCGAGAGCAUCGGUCGAGACUGCUCUGCCUUCUGUGCUAAGAAGUACUCGGAUCACCUGCAUCGUUUCCAUGAGAACGGGGACAACCUGUGAUGUCAACCGGCAUGUCAACAAGUCGUGGCGAGAUUUAAGGGCAGACUGGAAUAGCAGCUUUAUUUUCUCCAGUAGAUGCUUUUGCCCACUGUGGGGUGUGCUUUCUCUCUGCUUUGGGGGGGACUAAAGGGAGGUGGCUGACAUGCAAACUCAUAUUUAAUUUUCCAAUUAGGUUAAGAGUUUUGGUUAAGGUUAGGGUUAAUGUAAAGGUCAGUUUUAGAUGUUGGCUAGUCAGGCUGUCAGAAAAAUCCCCUUAGGCUCUCUCUCCCCAGCUUUCUCCCCAGCUCUCUCCCCAGCUCUCUCCCAGCUCUCUCUCCAGCUCUCUCUCCAGCUCUCUCCCCAGCUCUCUCUCCAGCUCUCUCCCCAGCUCUCUCCCCAGCUCUCUCCCCAGCUCUCUCCCCAGCUCUCUCCCCAGCUCUCUCUCCAGCUCUCUCCCCAGCUCUCUCUCCAGCUCUCUCUCCAGCUCUCUCUCCAGCUCUCUCCCCAGCUCUCUCCCCAGCUCUCUCCCCAGCUCUCUCCCCAGCUCUCUCUCCAGCUCUCUCUCCAGCUCUCUCUCCAGCUCUCUCUCCAGCUCUCUCCCCAGUGUCAAGGCAUAGAAACUAACUGCUUAUGAAAGAGAAUUUAGCCACGUUUGUCAGACAUUUUGUCAGACAUUUUGUCAUACCUUAGACCAUGUUGUGUGAAAAUGUCAAACUUUGAUUUAAAGAGUAAACUAUCCGUCUAAGGUCUUGGAUAGUCCUCUGCUACCUUAACAUUGAUAUGUUAUUAAAGAAUAACGUUAAUUAACUAAAGACAAUAAUUUAAGAGAAGUUGAGAAUCUGUUUGUGAUAGAAAUGGAUUAAAGUUUAAAUUGAACUUAACGAUGGUAUCUUACCAUUUCCUAGUAGCAAAGGGAUCAAUAUGUUUAGUUUUGCUCUAUUCUGUCCUAGCCUGUAGUCUCCAAUACAUUUCCUAGUAGCAAAGGGAUCAAUAUGUUUAGUUUUGCUAUAUUCUGUCCUAGCCUGUAGUCUCCAAUACUGAUAUUAUGAAACUCAUCAUUUUGAUGGAUGUAGAAGUGAUUGACAAGAGGGGUGUUUUGUUUUCCUUUGAUUCGGGUCAUUUUUAGGGUGUUGUGAAAGGAUUUGAUGUUUAAAGAUGAAGUUCCAUCUUUGGCUUUUACAUUUCCCUCUUUGAGAUUACAUAGUUCAGUAAAAUGUGAAGAAUUAUCACAGCACCUGUAAUUGCUAUAAAUCUGAAUUAUCACAGCACCUGUAAUUGCUAUAAAUCUGAAUUAUCACAGCACCUUUUAUUGCUAUAAAUGUCUGAAUUGAACUAGAUUGGCAGUAUGGUUUAACUUGUAUCUUAUGUUGAAGUGUAUCUGUGUCAUGACAUGCUGUUGUUUUCUUAGGGUGGGUGUCCAGGCUGGGACAUUGUUUCCAGCCAGACGAAUAGGGGUGAUGUGGUUGUGUUGAGGGGUCUUUGGCUCCUAGAUUGAUAUAUUUGGACAGAUGACAUCACACAGGUCAUGAUUUCUGUUACAGUAGUUCACAAUGAAGGAUUGCUGAGUCUCAUGUGAUUGACUAUUAUGAUGAAAUAUAUUCCUAUAUUCCAACCUCCCCCCUCCACUUGCUAUUAGGACAUGUACUAACUUGAGCUGCAAACCAUAUAUCACUUUCAUCACCAUUCGCUAUCAUUCUAAAUAAACUCUAUGCAUUUA